AUGUCAAUCACACACAUUGUUCUGUUCCAGUUCAAAUCUGGUAUAGACGCUCAAGUUGUCAAGGACACAUGCAAUCGGAUGAUUGGUUUGAAAGAAAAUUGCAUUCAUCCAACAUCCAACAAGCCUUACAUCAAGGCGUCCUCGGGGGGGCUUGAUAAUUCAAUCGAAGGGAUUCAAAAUGGUAUCACGCAUGCUUUUGUUGUUGAAUUUGCCAGUGCAGCGGAUCGAGACUAUUAUGUCAAGGAAGACCCAACGCACAAAGCUUUUGUGCAAAGCCUCAAUGGGGUGAUUGAAAAGGCACAAGUAAUCGAUUUUACAGAUGGGGUAUUUUAG